AUGGCUAAUUUAGGGAACCGUGUCUUUCGCGGAAAGAAAGAGCAGGAAGCGUACAAUCGCACUUUUGCAGGUCGAUACCAGAUCCUUUUAAAAAAGAACCAUUUUGUGUUUUUUGGUUUACCCUUUCUCCUUUCUAUAGUGGCGGGAUCACUCUACUUGCAAAAAUUCACCAGCGUUAAAUGGGAACGUUACGAUGAAAAGUAUCGUCAAUUGGGAGAAGACGAGAUGUUAUCUAUGAUUGAAAGACGGCGUCCAGUUGACAAAAAAGAGGAUUAUUAUCGUCUUCAAGGUUUAUUGAAACAACAUGAAGAAGAAGUAGGUGACGAUUACGAAAUGGUGCGUGUAAAGAGGAAGAAGGAGGAUGAACCGGUUUGGUAG